AUCCGAGUUUACUAGCUCGUGCUACUUAACGGUACCGCAGCUUUGAGAGAGGUGUCAGUCGAUCCAGGAUGCAGUUACCGGGGAUGUCUUUCUUUAUUCUGAUAGACUUAGUGCUAGUUGGCUCACUAAAGGCUGGACCUAUCGAAAAAGGACUUACCUACGACUCGUACCAUCCGAGGUUCCAACCAACUCCAUUAGACACGCUUGCAGAAAAUGAGCUGAACAUCAACUACUGGUUGAACAAUGCCCAAAAUACUGCACAGAAGUUGUUCGACCAUGAGGAAAACAAACGUGUCGCUAAGAACGUGAUCAUGUUCCUAGGUGAUGGAAUGUCCAUUUCAACGGUGGCGAUGGCCCGUGUUUACGCAGGAGGCGAAGAGAAGCAACUAGCUUUUUCAAACUUUCUGAACAUAGGAAUGGCGAAGACUUACUGCGUCAACUAUCAGGUUCCGGAUUCAGCAUGUACAGCUACUGCCUACUUAGCGGGAGUGAAAGCCAACUACGAAACGAUAGGAGUCAAUGCUCAGGUUCCAAGCAAUGAUUGUACGGCUGAACUGGAUAAAUCGACUCACACUCACUCGAUUGCCAAGUGGGCAAUAGAUGCCGGAAAGGACGCUGGACUGGUAACGACAACGCGAGUAACACAUGCGUCGCCUGCAGGACUCUAUGCCCAUACUUCGAACCGGGACAGGGAAAACGAUGCUGAAGUUAUUAAAGACGGAUGUGAUCCAGAAACUGUUGAAGAUAUUGCAAAGCAACUGGUGCACGGAGAAGUGGGAAAACAGCUCAAAGUAAUCCUGGGGGGAGGUCGAAGAGAGUUCUUGCAUAAUGACCCGGAUCCUGAGACGGGUGAAUCUGGGAAACGGAAGGACAACCGGAAUCUGAUUCAAGAGUGGCUCGAUUUGGCUGAUGAAGGUGAGAAUCGAACUUACGUGUGGAACAAGCAAGAUCUGUUGAGUGUAAACGUCGAUACAACCGAUCAAUUGCUGGGGCUUUUCGAGCCAAGUCAUUGUGUAUACAAUCUAGACCGGGUUCAUAAAACUUUGACUCAAGAACCAACGUUGACCGAAAUGGUCGACAAAGCUACGGAUGUUUUGAGCAAAAAUCCAAAGGGCUUCUUUUUGUUCGUCGAAGGAGGCCGCAUAGAUCAUGGCCAUCAUGAUAACUGGGCCAAGUACGCACUAGACGAAACGGUGGAAUUCUCGAAGGCAAUUGAGUUUGCUAGAGUCAAGUACAGCGAGGAGGAUACCUUGAUCGUUGUGUCUUCAGAUCAUUCCCAUAGUGUCAGCUACGGUGGCUAUGCGAAUCGUGGUGGAGACAUUUUCGGAGUGGCCGGUAUGGGCAACGAUCAGCUUCCGUACAUGACUGUUAGCUACGCAAAUGGAUUGGGAUACUACGACCAUGUUGAUGCGGAAAAGGGUACGAGAAGGAACGUCAGUCAUCUAGAUACCACUAAAGAUGACUUCCGGUUUCCUGCAACUGUUCCGGUAAAGUCGGAGACCCAUGCUGGUGAAGACGUAGCAGUCUACGCUUCUGGACCUUGGGCACAUCUGUUCACUGGCACUUACGAGCAGAACAUGAUACCACACAUGAUGGCGUAUGCUGCUUGUAUCGGCGAUGGAUUGAAGGCUUGUACGUGACGAGGAGCGUCGGUGCAAAAUGAACUGGUACUGGUGUGUAGCCGAGUGUCCCAUUUAGAUUGAUAAAAAUGAAUUAUCCGAGUAUUGAAUUUUCAAUUUUUGUGCUUCGAUAUUGCAAUACAUAGUCUGCAAGUGUAUGAGAGUCAUAUCUUUAGAACUUAAGAAGCUCACAAAUUCUAAAUUUCUGUAUUUUAUCAACUUAUGAACUUGUGAAUUUAUGAAACUAUGAACUUCUGAAGCUCUGAACUUCCGAACUUCUGAACGUCUGAACUUCAUAAUUUCUGAAUUUCUAAGCUUUUGAGUUUCUAAACUUUGUUCUUCUAACUUUUGAAAUACUGAACUUCUGAACUUUUAAACUUUUGUUGUUCUGAAAUUUUGUUCUUCUAUACUAUCUAUUCUUCUUCUGAAUCUCUGGACUUCUGAACCUCUGAAUUUCUGUACUUCUGAGCUUUCAGCUUCUUAAAUUUUGAUCUUCUGAACUUUAAAACUUCUGAUCUUUCGAAUUUUUAAAAUUGAACGAUUUAGACAAUUUAAACAUUUUUGAAAAUUCGAUUUCCCAAACAUUGUGAACUUGAUAAUUAGUUUUAGGUUAAUUCUAAGUAUAAAUUAAAACAAUUCGAAUGAA